GUCCGUCAUCACCAAGCCCUGUGCCAUCCUUGGAUUGUGCCCCACUGUACUAAGAUGCAAUGGACGCACAGCCUUUACCGGAGGCUGGUGAACAUAUAAACCCUUACCUGAGUCCGUACAACUUCUUUCGUGAAUCUCUCCAGAAGCCACAACGUUGGUCGCUCACGGCUACACACAAUCCUCUCCUUUCAAAGGGUGUAUGACUGGAACGAGUAAACCACACUAAUCACAAUGGAGACCGUUAAAAACGUUGCUAACUACGUUUCCGAGUCUGUCCAAGGUGCCAUCAGCCAGGGCUCGUAUGAGACCAACAAGGCUGUCGCCAAGGACUCGAAUGCCUCCAUCGGCACGAGGAUCUCCGCCGGUGUUGACGCCAUCAACGACAAGAUCGAGCAGAAAGGCCACGAGGCAGGGGCUGACCUUCACAAUGAGGCUGCCAAGCAUUAAAUACGAAAAUACCUGUGCCAUCCAUCAUCAACCGCCCAUAUCCAAUGGGUUUACUUGGUCAAUCGCUUAACUAUGAACACGCAAUGUAUUUAUUGCAGUUAUUAAGCAAAUUGAUUGUCCACUGCCA